AUGAGUGGUAGUGAACUGGAAAUUGAAAAAGACUUUCCUAAUGAUGUAAUAAAUGACAGAAACACACUACAAUUUCCACAGAAUCAUCAUCAGCAACAACGAAGACAUAGUUCUCACAAUACAAAUAGUCGUUAUUAUAAUUCCAUAUCCGAUGAUAGUUUAAAUCGUAGUCGUCGUCAGUCGUAUGCUGGCAUUUAUCCAACAUCUUCCUCACCACCAAUACGAAGAUUAUCGGCUUCAUCUCUGCUCGAAGAAAGGUGUCUAAUGGGAUAUCAAAUACCUAUAGAUCCUAGAUAUCGUGAUACCCGACCUAUAGCCCGAUCGGCCAGUAGUUUGUACAACAUGAGUAAAGAGGUAUCGCUGAGCACGCAUAAUUUGACAAAUCCCCAAGGUGGUGGCAUGAUGUUUCAAACAGCAAUGCCGGAAAUAUCUAUACAGCAGCACGAACAACCGGUCGAACAGCAGUUUGGCCCUUUAAGACAACGUGCCCGCAGUGCGAGUAAUGCUAAUAUAACAAAUACACCACCACCCUCGAUUUAUAUAGAAGAGUAUAUGGAGCCGGGUGAACAAUCGAGUGCUAAUAAAACAAAUUCCCAAGAAUCAUUUACAAAUUUUGUGUACACUGAAGUUCAUCAACCGCUCAAUGAAGAGGGCAUUGCCUCUGUUUCAAAUACCGAAGAAAUACCCUUUAUCGAUGAUGGUUCUCCCACAGAAGAGGAGAAACCCUAUGUACCCUUAGAACCAUUUCAACAGCUCAAUCGCGGUAUUAUAGGCAACAAAAAACCGCUGAACUUAAAUACCCAACGUAAAACUGUUAGUUUUGAUCUGGAAGAUAUUGCCAGCAAAGAGUCUACAGUGGAAAUUUUAACAAAUCGUAAAUUUCAUACUCAUGACGCUUUAAGUAAAUAUUGUUCAAACACCUCCUCCUCCUCCAAUCACAAUUCGAAUGAAUCUUUAAAACAGGACUCAAAUUCUUCACUAGAUAAACAAGGCAAAAUGUCAUUGAUACAGAAAAUAAGACGAGAAUUAAAUUCCUAUCGUUCCACCUCAAGCAAUGAUGCUAACACUGCGGCGGAAGCAGAUUCGGGAGGUAGUAAUUCAAAUUCACAGCGUUCCUCCUCGGAGUCCAUAGAAAGAAUGCCUUUGUUGACGCAACGUUUUAGGGAAGUUACUCUAAAACCCAGACGAGAACUAAAUAGUAUAAGAUCAACCUCUGGUGGUGGAAUUACUGCAGGACAGCAGGCUUUUAAAUACCAGCAACAGCAAAACAGGUUUUUUAAUCAUACACAAAUUAACCGUGAUUUUAGCAAGCAGCUGCCGCCGCCACAACCACCGCAAAUGCACCAUCAUUCUAUUGUAAAAACACAAAAUGUAAAUAUCUUUUCAAAACUUAAUAACGAACGUAAACAAAGUUUAAAUCCAACUCAAACUGAAUAUGUUCCUAUUAGCUUACAAAAACCCAAAUCCUUAUCGCAAAAUAAUCUCUUAAGUUCCGAUUGUUCUGACGAAAUGCCAGAAUUUUCAAAAACUUGGGGUGAAGGGAAAGUCAAAGAAAUGGCUGAUUUUUUUGCCAAAAAUAAAGAUUUCAAAUUACAGCCAUUUCAAAAUCAAAAAAUACUCAGUAAAUCCACUUCUGAUUUAAUGGAAAGCAAAAAGUCGGGUCCUAAAAAACCUCUACUAACUGAACCAGAACAAACGGAUAUUUUGAAACAAUUAAAAGAAUGGAGUAUUUUUGGUUUGGAGGGUAGAGAUUUUGAUAUCAAAUUGAAAAUCUCACAAGAAGAACAACCACAACAAUCAUCUAAUACUGAAACCCAACAACGAAUUAGUUUUAAUGCAAAUUUAAUCAAUAAUAAUAAUAAUUGUAGCAACAUUAAUAACAAUGAUACUGAUAAUUACCUUAAACAAUGUACAAAUUCUGUAAUUGAAACUUCCUCAACACCUUGUAAAUUGUCUUUAAGCACUAAAUUAAAUGUUAACUGUGAUCCCUGUCCAUGUUUUGAAACUAAAAACUGUUGUAGCGUGGAAACCUGCACACUCCUUAAACAACAGCCAGAACCUUAUCAACAUAAAACAACUUGUAUAAAAACCAAUAAUUGUUGUAAAUGUCAUCUCCACAAGUCCUCUUCUACCUGCACCACUUCCUCCUCCACCUGUAAUCAUAUACAACAGCAAUCAUCAGCUCCUAAGGCAGCCAAAACCCUUCAACGUUGUGGUACCUUAAAAUUAAGUUCAAAAACUAAAACUGUACGCAGUAUAAAACGUAAGCAGCAGCAGCUGCAGCAAAAUAAUCAACAACAUUGCCCGGAAGAGAAUACUUACAAACCCUUCAAUUCACCCCUGCCCAGUUGUAAAUUAUUAUUAUCUUUAGCCUCUAGUGAUUCUCUGACUACAACAUCGUCGACUACAUCAAAUUCAACGAAUUUGUGUUCUUCAACUUGUCCUCAUUGUUGUUUGGAAUUCGAAAAUCAUAAUGAUUAUAAUGAUGUAAUUAAGGAUAAUGAUACUGAUGACGAUAUAAUUGAUGAUGAUGGUGAUAUUAUCGAUGAUGAUGAUAUUGAUGAGGAUAAACAUUUUCAUCACAAUCUUGAUCCAAAUGAAACAAGUUGA